AUUGAUGACUGAGUCCCACGGUGACUCAUUGGCAAAACGCGGACUAGAGGACCGAGUUUUGUCAUUGAACAGGCUGCAGAGUAGGAGCAGAAAGGGUGGAGGACUGACUUGACUGUGGACUUCGCAAGACGAGGCUCACACAAACACAUUAACGGAGAAACCACGCGUGCAUCAACAAGAUAAGCUACUGGGAUUUUACUUCCACACACUUUUUAAAACAGGUUUAAACCUGAUCAACAUGCUGGUGUCAUUCAUGAACUAAUCAACAUUACACGUUUUACGAGAAACUCCACUUCAGAGAAAUUUCAUUUUUCGAGGAGGGGAUCGGAAGUGUGGACAAGCAGUACACAACUAAAGCGGACCCGACGGCAGAGUUGAGAUGUCUGGAUCGUACUGCAAAAGUCUAUACUCCUUCAGUGGGGAUCAGCAUCAACAGGGUUUGACUUUCGAAGCGGGAGAAAUUAUAAAGAUUAUUCAGGCGUUACCCGGCGGCUGGUGGGAAGGAGAGAAGGACGCAGUUAGGGGAUGGUUCCCCUCAAGUUACGUCCAAGUCCUGGAGAAGACGGCUUCUCUCAGCCAGCUCCCAGUGGAAGACCUCAGAGACCCCCUCCCCGCACACUGGAAGUGCUACAUGUCGCCACAAGGGCGGCGAUACUACGUCAACACUGCCAGCAACGGUAAGACCAGGCGAAAAAUAUACGCCGUCAGAUAAUUCAGUCGUAACUCUUUUGAACUCUUUCACUCAAUUUUGACGAAAUAGUUCCAGGGGUGAUUUGUGCAUUUAGAGUCAUUUCCCUUCAAUGCAAUGUCAGGAUUAUCAGUAAAGGUGGUGAUUUUUUUUCACACAGUCAAAAUAUCUUGAUAUUAUUCUCAGUCUGUCUGGGAAGAAGUCAUUUUACUGCUAAUGUUGAGAAGAGGAUGUCUGAAAGCACAAUGUGCUCUUUACCCCUUUGUGACGAGUCAUUGAUGUGCAGGAUGGCAGGAAGGCUGAUUGUGAAUAGGUUUACAAACUCGGGUCUAAGAACUGUCUGGAGUUAGAGAGUGGGAGGAGGUUGCACUCUGACAGGAAAUAGACCUGACAGGAAGUAGACCGGACACAAAGUAAACCUGACAGGAAGUAGCUCAAACAGGAAGCUGAUAUGACAGGAAGGGAAUCUGUCAGGAAGUAGAUCUGACAGGAAGUAGAUCUGGCAGGAAUGGAAUCUGAUGGGAAGUAAUUGUGGCAGAGAGUGCUUCUGACAGGGAAAGCUGGACAGCUGAGCUGACUAUAGGAUAGUUUUCUCUCCGUGCUCUGGUCUCUCUCCGCUAGGCUGCUACAAGGGAUGAGGACAUCUGAAUCCUACACCAGAUAUGUCAUCCGCUCCUAGCAGUGUCUGACACAAUCAAGCCUCUGUUUGUCCCCUGAGCCAGCAUCCCACACAGAAGAACACACAUUUGUGCUUAUAGACAGACACAUGCGCACGUACAUAGUACAUACAUACAAAUACAUACACACAGUGAAUGUA